CUGACAUCACUCGUUACAAAGGGUGGAGAAAGGCUACACUGAAAUCAGUUCUGUCUGUAGGGGAAGGGAAUUUUUUUUCAGACAGAGGCAGCUGGAUUAGAGACAGCAGCAGGAAACACACAUCAGCUGAAUUGCAUACACGCCGAGACCGGUUUAAGAGAUACACACAUACACAUAUCCAAAAACCAUCCACAGCCCAGGGAGAAGACUCAGCGUUCAGAGCCAAAAGGAGGACCCCUCACUCCGGGACUGGAGAAGUCGGCAUCCGAUUGAGAUACCUCAAGAUCCAUUGAUUGGCUUGACGCGAAGGAUACGGCCAGCAUGGAGGAGUACGACGCUUUACUACAGGAGCUCUCUGAAAAUAUAACUAACGAGGACCUGGACCAACUAAAAUCGGCGUGCAAGGAGGACAUUCCCAGCGAGAAAAGUGAGGAGAUGACCACCUGCCAGGACUGGUUCAGCUUCCUGGAAAAACACGACAAAUUGGCAAAAGACAACCUCGCCUACAUCGAACAUAUUUUUGAAAUUUCACGACGCCCCGAUCUUCUCACUAUGGUUAUUGAUUACAGAACUAAAGUACUGAAAAUUUCAGAAGAGGAGGAACUGGACACAAAACUCACCCGGAUUCCCAGUGCCAAAAAAUACAAAGAUAUUAUAAGACAGCCUUCGGAAGAAGAAAUCAUCAAGUUGGCCCCUCCUCCAAAAAAAGCCUGAAGAAGCAAGGAGAGAGGAAGACUUAAUCCUGUCUAGUCUCCGUCGUUACCUCCCCAGUUCGCCUCGGAUCUCCCAGCUCCCUCCCUGCCCAAUCCACACCAGGAGCGAGUUCGAAGCAAGGGACGGAGCCACAGGAGAUCCACGUCCACAAAUGACCACUAACAACAAUACUAACCCCAUUGUGUGUGCUCCGUGCCCUGCAGUCUGUUCUAUG